AUGAACAACAAGAAGCAAACCUACAUGAUCCACUCUAUAUUGAUUCAAUCUUCUCUCCCUGUUUGUUUGUGUUCGGAUUCUUCAAUGACAACGAUCAAAACAAAUUUCAAAUGUUCACUCCGAGAUUUGGUGCGAAUUUUUAAAGAGGUAUCCAACAACAACAACCACAAAAAGCUCUCGUAUCACAACGUUGUGGAUGCUGAUCAUGUGACUGCUGGUGUCGAAUUGAGAAAGAGAUUUCCACAAGCCAUUCAUUGUUUCAGUAUUCACUCAGGAGUUACUUUUUCCGAUUCAUUAACUCUUGUGAAAGAACAUGAUGUCCUUACAAUUGGUUCUUCUAUAAAAAUUCAUGUGUUGGAAACUCCGGGACAUACGAAUGGUUGUGUUUCGUAUUAUUUGGAGGACAAAUCCAAAGUGUUUACUGGAGAUGCUUUAUUUAUCAGAGGUUGUGGAAGAUGUGAUUUUCAACAAGGAUCUUCCUCAACUCUUUAUGAUAGUAUUAUGAAACUUUACAACACUCUUCCAGAUUCCUGUGAAGUGUAUCCAGGACAUGAUUAUAAAGGAAUGACAAAAACUACAAUUGGAGAAGAGAAGAAAUUUAAUCCAAGAAUUUUCGCCACGCAAUCACGAGAAGGAUUUUGUGAAAUUAUGGAUAACUUAAAGUUGCCAAAACCAAGAUUUUUGGAUGUAGCAUUACCAGCGAAUUUACUUGGUGGAGUCAAACAACAAGAACAAUAA